CUGGCCCCCGAGGAGGUGUCGGAGGUGAUCCUGGGGCAGGUCCUCACCGCAGGUGCCGGCCAGAACCCCGUCCGGCAGGCGAGUGUUGCUGCAGGAAUCCCUUACUCUGUGCCCGCCUGGAGCUGCCAGAUGAUCUGCGGGUCAGGCUUGAAAGCGGUAUGUCUGGCUGCUCAGUCCAUACUGACAGGGGACUCCAGCAUCGUGGUCGCAGGAGGCAUGGAAAGUAUGAGCAAGGCUCCUCAUGUAAUUCACAUGCGAGCUGGAGUGAAGAUGGGAGAGGCUUCCUUGCAGGACACUAUAAUCCUUGAUGGCCUCACAGAUGCUUUUUAUCAGUAUCAUAUGGGUAUAACAGCUGAAAAUGUGGCCAAUCGGUGGCAAGUCAGCAGAGGGGAACAAGACCAACUUGCUGUACAGUCACAAAACAGGGCAGAGGCAGCACAGAAAGCUGGCUAUUUUACAAAAGAAAUUGUUCCUGUUCUUGUACCUUCUAAAAAAGGUCCUAUAGAAGUUAAAACAGAUGAACACCCUCGACAUGGGAGCAACUUGGAAACAAUGGCAAAGCUAAAGCCCUGUUUCCUGACAGACGGAACUGGGACAGUAACAGCAGCUAAUGCUUCAGGUAUAAAUGAUGGAGCUGCAGCUGUAAUACUAAUGAAGAAAUCGGAAGCUGCUAGGAGAGGUCUUAUGCCUUUGGCUCGGGUUGUAUCUUGGGCUCAGACAGGUAUAGAUCCAUCUAUAAUGGGAGUAGGACCCAUUUCAGCAAUAAAGCAAGCUAUUGACAAAGCCAGCUGGACUCUGGAACAAGUUGACCUGUUUGAAAUUAACGAAGCCUUUGCAUCGCUAUCUGUUGCAAUAGCAAAAGAACUGAAAGUAAACCCAGAAAAGAUUAAUAUCCAAGGUGGAGCUAUUGCUCUUGGCCACCCUCUUGGCGCCUCUGGUUGUCGCAUCCUCGUUACUCUCCUACACGCACUGGAACGAACAGGUGGAAAACGUGGUGUUGCUGCUCUCUGUAUAGGAGGGGGAAUGGGAAUAGCCAUGUGUGUUGAGAGAUGAAUGUGAAUGACUGACUAGCUAGUGCUAACUAGCUUUGAAACAGUUUACUAAUAAACUUCCAGUCACGGAGCUUACGUUCGUUUGUUUGUUUUGCCUAAAAUUAAAUAAGCUUAC